AAUGUUAACGCUCAACGCUGUUAUUGGAAAUGGUUACCAUGCCAACGGAUUUUCCUGUGUCUGACAGUUAGCCGAAAUACAUGCUAUAGAGAAGUGUUGUAAACACUCAUAGAAUAAGUUUAAAUGAAUCUUUGAUGUUUUUUGUUUACAUUUAUACAAGUGUUUUCUUUCAAACUUGAAUAUAUUAAAGCGCACGCUCUGUGCUUAUAUAUAGAUGGAUAUGAGAGUAAUAAAAGUAACUGACAUGCAGUCGAUAAAAGUUUGCAAUUCACGGAACAACUGGUCUGACAUUUAUCUGCAUGGGAAUAAUUCGGAGGCUGAUAUAUGACUGUUUUGGACUGUUUAAGACUAUGUUAAGACGAUGUUGGGCGACUGAGACCUCACAGUUUUCUCUAAGAAAUCUUAUCUAUCGCCGAACACUUGCAUAAUGUUAUACGUAGGCAGUGCAGGCAUUUCAAGGAAACUAACUGAAGGAAAUACAAUUUUGGUAUAAUAUCCGUCUCGUAGAAUGAGCGAGUGCAACGAAAAAGUGCCAAUAUGGCGGAUUGUGUUACUAUUUAUAGUAUGUCUGUCAGUCUAUUUAUAUCUAUACACGAAUGCCUUUGAUGGAAUGAAUACGUCAUCGGUGUUCCGGGUUGUUGAAGGAGAUCUCCAGGCUGUUUGGAAAGACAAGUUUGGAUCUGUUUCUUAUUACCUUAAACUAAUGGAACAAUCUGACAAGAGCCUAAAAAUAGAAGUAUCUGCCUCGCAAUCGAAAACAACUGCUACUGCUGCUGCAGCUGCUGCUGCGAGUCAUCCGACAAGUACUAAAACGAAGCCAAAGGUUGAUGAAUCUACCCAAAUAAAUUCUACACUGCUGGAAAAAUUUAAGUCUGAUCUUCUAGCAAAUAAGUCAGAACCUUUACUUACUCUUUUCACUUCAUGGAAUGAUAGCCCGGAAAAAUAUUUGGUUCAUAAUUUAACGUUACAUAAUUGGGUGAUGUUGCGCCCGUUUGUUAUCCCUGUGAUAUUUACAAACGAGACUUCAGUCGCUGAAGACUGUGCUAGAAAUGGAUUCGAGGUUAGGCAUAUAAGUGCGGCAGCUGCAGACGGUAUUCCAGUAUUAAAAUAUAUGUACAAAGACGCGAUGGAUAAUUAUAAUUCUACGUUUUACGCGUACAGUAAUGGCGACAUUUUGUAUACUGAAACGCUCAUAAAGACUUUACUUCUUCUGAGAAAUUCUACAUUAGAUUUAGAUAAACCUGCAAUGAUUGUCGGCCAGAGAAGUAACGUCGACAACGUCACUGAAUCCGAAGGAUCUACUUGGGGCAAUAUCACAAGAAUAGCGAAGGAACGCGGUAAACUUUUUACCGGCUGGGCAGAGGAUUAUUUUAUUACUACGCGCUCAUUUCCGUGGAAGGAUAUAGCGGAAGUUGUAAUAGGGCGGAGAGCAUACGAUAAUUGGUUAGUGUUUAAUUCUCGGAAAUCGAAACAUGUUGUGAUUGAUGGUACAAAGACGAUACUUGCAGUUCAUCAGACGACAAAAGCAGGUAAUUUUGAAGGCCAUGGUCACAAAAAUAGAGACUAUAAUCAUAAUUUACUAGUGAAAAUGUAUAAGCGUAUCAAAUAUAACGCCGGUGUUAUAGAAUGCAUAGAAAAGUAUACAAAUUACGAAAACGAGGAAUUAGUUAUGAAAUCCAGGACAGUUCACAAAGCAUGCGCAGUUUGAGUGUGCAUUCUUUAGAUAAACAAUGCAGGACAAAUUAUGAGAUAACUGCCAUAGUUCAUGGACCAAUAGCUUCACAUCAGGAACCAUGUAGUUAUUAAUGAUGUACAAAAACAUGCGGGCAUGUGCUACAACGAUGAUAUAUCGUCUGCAUUGAAAGUUAAAUCAUUCUAUAAGCUCGAAUUAUAAUAAUAUGAAUUGCUGCUUCCAGUUUGAAAAUGCCAUGAUUUUUUUAACAACUGUGCCAAUUUCCUUGAAUCUAGUAACUAUAUCAGACGGAAAUGGUAAAGCAAGAAAUUAAAAGCAAUAAUGCUCGCAUCGUGAUGGUUAUCUGUUUUGUUUUAGAUGAAAGCGGGAUAAUUUGUACUAUUGCUAUCUGUCGUCUGCUUUGUCAUUUCAUUCCACAUCUUAAUUGUAGAUUCUAAUUUGUUAUAUUUUUGUUUUGUCUUAAAUAUUUUGUUGUGCAAAUUUUAUCUCGUUUUGUUCAGAUUCUUAAAUAAUAUACAUUCCAUUUAAAUAGAAGCAUUCAUUAUACAUAGAUAAUUAUAUUCUUCAACAUUUUUCUUAAAUCAUCAAUGUUAUCCAUCAGGGUCUUUCAAAUACAGUUCUAUUUAAAAGACCCUUUUUCCUCGCACCAUAUCAACUUCAUAUUCUCUCAUUAAUUAAACCAACUGUCCAAUUACUUUUAUAUAUCACUCCCCAUAUACUAUCUAUAUCAGUAUAUGCCUUUAGAUAUGCGACGGUAAACGGACAUUGGUUUAAUCAUUGAUUCAGGAUCGUGCUCAUGACUUAAUGACCAAGCGCUACAUAUAAGGUAUUUUCCGUCCGUCAAGUUUUAGGGGUCUGCUACCUUGAACAUAAACAUAUUGGAUGACGUCAUACCUGCCAUGGUAUCUAUUUAAAGGCACAUUAUGCCUCAGAAAUUCAUAUUUCGAAUUCUUCGAAAUGUCAAACAUUUGUAAUGUUAUAAAAAUGGAUUCAGAGCAAUUAUAGAUGUUUAAAAAUUAAAGAAAGUAGGGCUGAACGUGCAAUUAUGUGUCACAAUGGAAGCAAAAUGCAAACAAAGUUGUACAUGUAUUGCACUUCCAUACAAAAUACUUAUUCACUAUAAUUAUAACAUUUGCCAACAGAACAAAAGUAGCA